AUGAACUCUAUCUCUUACAACAAUACACCAAGUUUUUCUGUGUAUAUGUUACUUUCACAAACGUUAUGUUUCUUUACAAUACACAUUCUGCAAACACCUAUUUACAAAGGAACUUCUCUCAUGCGGAAAGAUAUCACAGACAAAAAGCUUCUUUGGAAAGGAUGGACAAAUUUCGUACCUCCAAAUAAUCAUAUAUGUGUACAUUGCGGGGAAAAAAGUGGCAACAGAAAAAGAGUUUGUCCUUGUGGAAAUAUAUUUGAUAUACGCAAAAAGACGCUGCAAGAGCGCAUUCAUUCAGGCCAAACAAGUCUAUGCACAGAGAGAUAUUUUUCAUUCCAAAAACAAGAAUUUUGUAUGCUGACAGAAACUUCUUUGAUGAUUGGCAUGAAAGAAAAGCAUUACUGGGACAGCUUUGUAAUUUAUGCUAAAAAAAGGGAACGAAAUAUGAUGUUGGACACACUUGCAACACCUGGGUUUUCGGCUGAAUUUUUUGGAGAAAAAGGAAAUCGCACUUAAGCAGGAGAAAUGAUUUUGCGUGUUAUGCAAGAUGGGUUUGAAGGUAAACAACUGUUUCACAAUUCUAUGUAUAUAAUGCUCGUGCUGAUGUUGGGAAAUCAAUUGUGCAAGCAUUAUCUUUUAGUUCAUUAUAUAACACCGGAUAUUUCUCCGUGUGUGAUAGUUUGUGGUUAUAAUGAGGUUUUACGCCCAUAAAAAAAUAACAGAAGCACUUUUUUAGGAUAUUGUUUGUAAAAAAAUACAUUUGUUCAUUCAUGGAACACUUGGUAAAUGAAACAAACUGUAAGGACGGUUUCUAAAAAAAUGUGUAACCUGCAACGCUAGUUUGGAUGUCAACUUUCCAUUGUUCAAUUUGUUUUGGAUUAUAAGUAAUUUUUAGAGGUUUUAGAGUAUUUUGUAGAUUAUUUCACAUUGUUGCUAUUUCUGUUUCAGUCUAAAAAAUUAAAAUAAAAGCAAAAUAGUAAACAUUUUCAAUUAUAAAUGACAACACAAAUGAGGCAUGAUAAAUAUAUAUAACAUCAAGAUUAUCACCUUCAGGUACCGCUUUUUAAGGUCAUGAGUCCACGUUGAAAUUUUUCUUUUGUUCCACGCCAUUGUCAUUUCUGUGAUUGUUUCCUCCCGAUCUUCAAAUAUAACAAACAUCUUCUGGUCAAACGUAUUGUGAAUUAAAUAUAUUCACUUAAUAAAAUGAAACCUACGUUCAGGAGUUUGGGAUUUUGUUGUGUUUCCACAAUUUGACAAAAUAUUAAAAAUUUGCUUAGUGUCUUCACCAGUUGACUUUUUAGCUCCCUUUAUACACUCUCCACCCUAGAGCACCUACAAAUAUAUUAAAGUCUAUUUAUAUUUAUACAACAACUGAGAGAAUUUCACGACUUAGACUAUUAGUUUGUAUAAGGUAAUUUUGGUAAUAUUCUUCUUACAAAAUUUAAAAAGUUAUUUGAACCUGACAGUCCGAUGCAAGCUGGAGUCACUUUUGAAGCAAUAGCGUGUUCACGAGAUGUAACAAACUUCCAAAAUUUGCACAUGACAUCAGUGAAACAAUACUGCAAUGAAUUGUAAUUCUUUAAUAAGUACAUUGGAUAGCCAAAGAGCUU